CCCGCCCAGCCUUCGCUCCCGCUCGCUGCGCUCCCUCCUUCCCCGCCUUCCGUAUCUCCCCGGCUCCGCUCGGUUCUCUUGACCACCCCGCAGCCCCCGCCCAGGUGCCAUGGCCGCUGUAUAUCGCCCCGGCCUGCGGAGUAUGAAGGGACAGACAACAGGGACCCUGCCCUCCCGGCAAGGGCAUGAACCCCAGCCAGUGACAUUCUGCAAUAAUCAGCCUUCUACCCAGUUCAAAGACACCUACCCAAUGGCAACAUCUUACGAAACCCUUGUUGGCCCAGGCUUAGCUGGCCUGGGCUGAGCCCCUGGGGCUGGUCCUCAUGGCGCAGCAUGCAGACCUUGCGAGUACUCAGUGGAGAUCUGGGCCAGCUGCCUGCUGGGGUGCGAGACUUUGUGGAGCGCAGUGCCCGCCUCUGCCAACCUGACGGCAUCCACAUCUGUGACGGCACCAAGGCUGAGAACACUGCCACACUGACGCUCCUAGAAAAGCAGGGACUCAUCCGAAAGCUCCCCAAGUACAACAACUGCUGGCUGGCCCGCACAGACCCCAAGGAUGUGGCACGAGUAGAGAGCAAGACGGUGAUUGUAACUCCUUCUCAACGGGACACAGUGCCUCUCCCUGCUGGUGGGGCCCGUGGGCAACUAGGCAACUGGAUGUCCCCAGCUGAGUUCCAGCAAGCUGUGGAUGAGAGGUUUCCGGGCUGCAUGCAGGGCCGGACCAUGUAUGUGCUUCCGUUCAGCAUGGGUCCUGUGGGCUCCCCACUGUCCCGCAUCGGAGUGCAGCUUACUGACUCAGCCUACGUGGUAGCAAGCAUGCGUAUUAUGACCCGGCUGGGGACACCUGUGCUUCGGGCCCUGGGAGAUGGCGACUUUGUCAAGUGUCUGCACUCUGUGGGCCAGCCCCUGACUGGACAAGGGGAGCCGGUGAGCCAGUGGCCAUGCAACCCAGAGAAGACCCUGAUUGGCCAUGUGCCUGACCAGCGGGAGAUCGUCUCCUUCGGCAGCGGCUAUGGUGGCAACUCCUUGCUGGGCAAGAAGUGCUUUGCCCUCCGCAUCGCCUCUCGGCUGGCCCGGGAUGAGGGCUGGCUGGCGGAGCAUAUGCUGAUCCUGGGUAUCACCAGCCCCACGGGGAAGAAGCGCUACGUGGCAGCCGCCUUCCCCAGUGCCUGCGGCAAGACUAACCUGGCCAUGAUGCGGCCAGCGCUGCCGGGCUGGAAGGUGGAGUGUGUGGGGGAUGACAUCGCCUGGAUGAGAUUUGACAGUGAUGGUCGACUCCGGGCCAUCAACCCUGAGAAUGGCUUCUUUGGGGUGGCCCCUGGCACCUCUGCCACCACCAAUCCCAACGCCAUGGCCACGAUCCAGAGUAACACUCUUUUCACCAAUGUGGCUGAGACCAGCGAUGGUGGAGUGUACUGGGAGGGCAUUGACCAGCCUCUUCCGCCUGGUGUCACCGUGACCUCCUGGCUGGGCAGACCCUGGAAACCCGGGGACAAGGAGCCCUGUGCCCAUCCCAACUCUCGCUUUUGUGCCCCGGCUCGCCAGUGCCCCAUCAUGGACCCAGCCUGGGAAGCCCCUGAGGGUGUCCCCAUUGAUGCCAUCAUCUUUGGAGGCCGCAGACCCAAAGGAGUACCUCUGGUAUAUGAGGCCUUCAGUUGGCGCCACGGUGUGUUUGUGGGCAGUGCCAUGCGCUCAGAGUCCACUGCUGCAGCUGAACACAAAGGGAAGGUCAUCAUGCACGACCCCUUUGCCAUGAGGCCCUUUUUUGGCUACAACUUCGGGCGCUACCUAGAACACUGGCUGAGCAUGGAAGAGCGCAAGGGGGCCCGGCUGCCCCGCAUCUUCCAUGUCAACUGGUUCCGGCGGGAUGAGGCGGGCCGCUUCCUGUGGCCAGGCUUUGGAGAGAAUGCUCGGGUGCUGGACUGGAUCUGCCGGCGGCUAGAGGGAGAGGACAGUGCCCGAGAGACGCCCAUCGGGCUGGUGCCAAAGGAAGGCGCCUUGGAUCUCAAGGGUCUAGGAGCCGUAGACACCACCCAGCUAUUCUCGCUCCCCAAGGACUUCUGGGAACAAGAGGUUCGUGACAUUCGGAGCUACCUGACAGAGCAGGUCAAUCAGGAUCUGCCCAAGGAGGUGUUGGCUGAACUGGAGGCCCUGGAGGGACGUGUGCGCAGAAUGUGACCUGAGGCUCCAAGCUAGCAAGAGAGCACAGCCCCCUCCAUCCCACCCCACCAUAUCCCCCAUCUAGGGAUAGGAGAGCAAAACAGGCUUGGAGAAAAUGUGAGCAAUUUGAUACAACCAACAUGUGAGUGCCAUGAGACCAGGCCAUAGACCUUCUCCGACACUCUGUCCAUUAAUAAGAAAUGCUCGUUCGUUUUCCACAACGUUCAUGCUGUUUUCAUUCCUGCCUGUCUUCAUGGGCUUUUAACGCCAAUUUCACGGUCUUCUUCCUGCAGCCCUCCAGGCAGCCAGAGCCCCAGUGCAGUCUGGCCUGGCACAGCCUGGUGAGAGCCAGGAUCUCACUCCCAGGCAGCCCUGCCACUGAGCCCACAGCAGUAGGUAUUGCUGCGAGAAGGCACAUCAACUCUGUGUCCCAAGGUCUUAAAAAGAUGGGGGCCUCUGCGGGCCACUCAGUAGAACUUCCAGGCCUAAAAUUCCUGAUCUCCCACUUGGAGACGCAGAAGCCUCUAAAACCCCGUGCCCCAGGGAAGCGAUUCCAUUGCCCAUUGUAAGAUCUAUUCUUCCUCCUGCCUGACCUAAAAUUGGGACUCUCAAAGCAUUCAUGAAAGCUUAUUAAUAUUAAGACAGCUAACUCUUUUA